UAUGAGUGUUGGACUGUCUGUUUUGAGAAAGUGUAUCUUUUUAAACUAAACACUUUUUAACAUUCAGUAUGGGGAAAAAGAAAGCUAAAGGAGACGGAGGAGGUUUAGGAAGAGCUUUAAUGAAGGAGAGACUGAAUGCAGGACGAGCACAUAGAAGACAUGACGCAUGGCUCCACACCAGUGAACUGAAUGAUGGGUAUGACUGGGGCCGGUUGAAUCUGCAGUCCGUCACAGAGCAGAGUUCUUUGGAUGAUUUCCUAGCCACAGCUGAACUUGCUGGAACUGAAUUUGUUGCUGAAAAACUUAAUGUCAAGUUUGUACCAGCUGAAGCCAGGAGCGGACUACUGACAGCUGAGGAGUCCAAGAGACUAAAAAAACUACAUGAAGACAACAAACAGUUCCUCCGCAUCCCACGAAGACCAGAGUGGGAUGAGAACACAAGCCCUGAGCUCCUGCAGCUAGCAGAAAGAGAAAGUUUUCUUGAAUGGAGAAGAGAGUUGGCAAGGCUGGAAGAGGAGCAAAAGCUCAUUCUUACCCCUUUUGAGAGAAACCUGGAUUUUUGGAGGCAGCUUUGGAGGGUCAUUGAAAGAAGUGAUAUUGUGGUUCAGAUAGUUGAUGCCAGAAAACCUUUGCUGUUCCGAUGCCCAGAUCUAGAGAAAUACGUCAAUGAGGUCUCCCAUCAUAAAGUGAACAUGCUACUAUUGAACAAAGCAGAUUUACUCACCAGAGAGCAGCGGAGGACCUGGGCCAGAUAUUUUCAAAAAGAAGGAAUCAGAGCAGUGUUCUGGUCCGCUCUGGCUGAGGCACAGCGGCUGGAGGCUGAGGAAAAGGGAGAAGAUCUUGAAGACCUUGAGGAAGUGAGUGAUACAGAAACCACUGAAAACACGUCCGUUAUCAACAGUAGAGCCGAGGACUCUCAGGAAGAAGAGAAUGAAGCCGAUGACCGUGAGGGCUCUACAGUAAGGUUUGAGGACUGCACUACAGAGGCAGACUGGCAGACCUGCUCUGAAGCAUCAGAAGAUGAAGAGGAAGAAAAGUGCAAUGAUGGUGCUUCCUUUUAUAACUCGAGUCGUCUGCUGCACAAAGAUGAGCUGCUGGAAAUGUUUAAGUCUGUACAUUCGGGGCCCAUGUGUAAAGAGGGCCAUCUUACAGUAGGACUGGUGGGAUAUCCAAAUGUUGGCAAAAGCUCCACCAUCAACACAAUCUUCAGGAAUAAGAAGGUUUCUGUGUCAGCUACACCUGGACACACAAAGCACUUUCAGACUUUGUUUGUUGAGCCUGGUCUUUGCCUGUGUGACUGUCCUGGCUUAGUCAUGCCUUCAUUUGUGUCCACCAAAGCUGAGAUGAUCUGUAGCGGUAUUCUUCCCAUUGACCAGAUGCGAGACCACGUUUCUGCUGUUUCCCUCGUUUGUCAGACAAUUCCGAGAGCUGUACUGGAGGGAACUUACGGCAUUAACAUUGUCAGACCGAGAGAAGAUGAUGACCCAGAUCGUUCUCCCACCUCUGAGGAAUUGCUUUCAGCUUAUGGAUAUAUGAGGGGCUUCAUGACCGCACACGGUCAGCCAGACCAGUCAAGAUCUGCACGUUAUGUCCUAAAAGACUAUGUUGGUGGUAAACUGCUCUUCUGUCACCCUCCUCCCCACAUUAAUGCUAAAGACUUUCAGCCUCAACACUCAAAGUUUAUAAACCAAACUGUUCAGUGCGGUGAUUCAGCCUGCCUCCCCAAACCUUCCAAGACCAAACAAAUUGAGAAUACAGUCGAUAAAACCUUCUUUCAUCAGGAAAAUGUCCGGGCACUAACUAAGGGAGUGCAGGUGGUCAUGGGUUACAGGCCUGGCAGUGGGCCUCAGGCACAGGGCAAAGCAGACUCGGAGCAACAAGUUGGGAAGCCCUGGAAAAAGCAUGGCAACAGGAACAAGAAGGAGAAAGUUCGAAGACUCAAUAAGCACCUGGAUGCUUGAACAGCAAUCUGACUGGUUUAAAACUGGGACACAUGCAUUGAAAACGGACACUGAGUCUGUUUUUUGUUAAGGCUGACGAAAAUUAUGGGGAUUAUUUAAAAAUUUGUCUUAAAAUAAAAAACCCUGCUAAAAUGUUGGCUGUUUCAAAAUAAGUCUGGAUUUGUAUGAUAAUCUAGAAUGAUUUUGUAUUUAUGCUUGAACAUUUUUAAAUGAAGGCAACCAAGUCUUCAUAUGACAUGACCAACUUUAUAUUAAACUCUGUUCAUGUGUAAUUUGUGUGUGUGUGUUUGUUUGUUUGUUGGGGAGUACAAAAAUAUAUAAU